UCGGUGAUUGUUGUUAUCAGCGAUUUCACCAGACGGCUGUAUUAGGUGAUUUGCGCCGAGACGAUUUUGUGACCACUCGCAAAGCAUUUCGGGAUUGAAUAUAGCAACCUUAUUUUCUCUCGGCUCUUCGCUGAACCCUCAUCAUCUAUGCUUAAACUACAUUAUGCUCCGUCGUCUGCUUAGAUUUCAACCCUAUAGUCUAGCACUGGUACUUGUUCUGCUAGGCGUCGAUCAGCAUUUAUCUGCUGCAUGCAGUCCAUAGGGCAAUGGGCCCCUGUUCAUCAAGCACUCAGUGAAAACUGCAGGCCCUAUAUAUUAGACCAAAAGUGUAAUGGCCAACAUAUAUUUUAUGGACACAUAGAGCCAUUAUAGGAGGCAAUAUAUCUUUUGACUUGAUAAUACAGAGAAUGUGUGACAAGCACAGUUUAGAAAUGGUAUUAAUGCAGUGAGAUUGGACCAAAUGGCAAUUUUCCAGAGGGAUUUAUUUAACCAAAUGGGUUAUUACCUAACAAAAGUUUAGAAUGAAAAUGUAUGAUUUGGUAAUGGACAAUAAAAUCUGAUUCACAAGACAUUUGAAUGAUGUAUAUUAUUUUGUAAAGUGUAUGACGUUUUUCAGGAUUGCUUUUAAUAGUUUAUGCUUUGAUAGAUAGAUAAAUGGAUUUUAUUCGAAGCAUCACGUCGUGCAGUACCACAAUAAAUUGAACAUGAAUUCCAAAUAAAAAUAAAGCAAUUUGAAAAGUUCCUUUUACCCAAGUUGCAUCAAAAGCUGAAACAGGUUCCACAUUUUUUUUUAUACUGAAUCCAUUCAAAUGAGGAAAAUGUUAUACGCGAUUAAAUGGAUUAUACAGUUGAAAGUGUCAUACGUUUUGUUAAAGUACCUGUGAAUACACUGCAGUUUAAUUUUGCUCAAUUUGGGUUUGGGGAGUGUUUCUGAAACAUUGAAUGAGUUUCACUUAUUUGUUUGUUCUUUUGUAAUCAGAUAGUAACAAUACAAUAAAUGAAAGUCACUGCCUAUUUGUUUCAUGAAAAUGCUUUCAAGUGAUUCACUCUAAAAGAAGACAAUGAAGACCCACACCAGCGAUCAAAAUAAUUUUUAAAUCUCACUGGUACCUAUUAAUUUAUAUUAACAUGAAAUUUAUGUCCCUUGUCAACGAUUCAAGAAAUAUGUAAUUCAUUAGUGAGUGAUAGCGAAGUUACAAAUUGCCCGGCAUUUGCGUCUUGAAAAUCCAUUAAUCUAAAAUAUAUUGUAAAAUUUUAUCAUGUGAGCUAUUGUCUACCGAAAGACUAAUCCCCCAGGGGGGGGGGGGUUACUUGGCAUGCUUAGUAUAAGUAUAGGGGUUGAGAUCCUCAUUCUCAGCCUAAAUUUCCGUCAGAGUAUCACCAAUUCAGAAAGCCAUACAUAUUCCUAUAUAUCCCCUUUCCGGAGAACCUCAAAUUUGUGAUCUCUCGUUCCAAUGCAAGCCCAUCAUUAAAAAAAAAACAAGUGCACACCUAUAUGGUUACCAAUAAUGCAUUUCCAGUUAUUUGAAAGCAUCAUGAACUACUGUAUCGAUUUAGAAAAAAUGACGGGAUAACAGGAUGGGUAUAUUAGUAAAAGCAUAAUUGAUGCAAGCACGAGCUGAUAUUUCUUAGACAUAAAACUUGGAUAUUCUAAGCAUUGCAUCAAUUGGGUAUCUAAUGAAACAAUGCCAGCGCGAAAAGCGAGCAAAAAUAUAUAUUAUGACCUAACACUGGAAAUUCUAAGCAUGUUUUUUUAAUAAAAAAGUUUAAGUUAUAUAUAUAUAUAUAUUAUGUUAUGAAAAGGUUACGCAAAUGUGGGAUCACCUCCAUGGCUGCAUCCAGCAUUGGUAUUGGCGAGGGGUGGGGGGGGGUAAUUGGCUAGAUUAUUUGCCAGAAAUUUGUGGAUGAAAAAUUUUAAUUUUUACUAAUAAAAUACAUUUUCCCUUAUAUGAUGAUAUCGUUUCCUUCACUCUGGUUCAGAUUUCUUUUAAAAAAUAUGCGCCUACAGUGUCCACUUUUCAGAUGGGAAAAUCAAAACAGAAUAGGUAUCUGACUUAACAACUGAUGUAAGCGCGAAGCAUGAGCUGAAAAUAUUCAUUAUCUGACUAGAUAAGUUGACAUUCUAGGUACUUUUUGUUACCAUAAAGACCAUUGGUAUUUGAAAUAAAACGUUAAAUAAUAUACUGACUCGAGAUGGACUCUUCAGGCUCUGAUUAAUUUUCAGUUUCUUUUCUUUCUUUCUCCCCCUUCUCAUAUUUCUUUUCUUUUUUCCACCGCCAUUAGGGGGGGGGGGGCUGUGUAAUCUCCACAUAUUUGAUGUACGAUAAAGGCAAUACAAAAAAUAUUUGUAUGACGGCAUAAUAGCCUACCACGAAGAGAGUCGAACCCCCAUACACAUAACUUUUUUUGUCAAAUUAUCCUUCAGUGUAAAAUUUCAUAAAGCUAGAGUAUCUAUAUGAAUUUUGUAAAAAUGCCAGUGCUCUGCUUGUGCCGAUAGCGGUUCAUCCAUCAUGUCCAAAUGAAUUGGUAAAUUUGCUCUCCUAGUAUUCAACAAUUUACAUUUAGUGUCCAUGGAACAAAGAUUGUAAAGAUUUAGCAUGGUUUACUAGUAGGCAUAUAACCUAAGCUUAAACAUAAAAGAAUAUAUAGGCCUCGAGGAGCGUGACAUAUUUGUCAAAAUCAGAAUUUAGAUCGAGUCACCGCGAAACGCGUGUCAAUAAUUUAUUCAUGAUGGUCAGUUCAGAUGGACAUUAUAGAUGGCUCCUUGCUGCUGUUUUGUGAUGUUUUUAUUUCAUCACUGAAGAGUUGCCAUUUAUUGGUCAAAUAUCGCUGUUACUAUGGUUUCUGUUAGAAAAUACUUUGCUGCAAGUGAAAUACUUGAAACGAUGCAAUGUAUAAAUGGUGUUUUGCCGCAGCUCAAGAUUUUCUUAUUGACAACAUGACCGGUUAAAUCAGUCAAAAUUAUAUACCCAGCUUUAGUAGCAGUCAAAAUGGUACGAGUAAGUUAAUAAUACUUAAUUGAUUAAUUGAUUAUAUAACAUUGUACAAAUAAAUAUUUACUUAUAAAUUUGCUCUCUUCGUAUAUGUCUGUAUAUUUACUUUGCAUUAACCAGUGUUGUGAUAAUUGGGCAACCCGGAUUUAUUUAAAGUUAUUCUCUCAUUUUUCCUGCACUUAAAUGUUUCUGUGUUUCUUCACACCUUCGAGAUUAAUGAAGAAAUCAGAAAUCGAUAACCGAAACGCGUGUUAGAGAGAAUUGGUAUGACACUGGAUAAGAUGAUGCGACAUCCUGCGACGCAAACUUCAGGAUUUUGUUUUAAUUCCUCAUUUGACCCCCUUAUUGGAAUGGUUUUAGGCUUUCGAUAUGAAAAUGAAGAGAAAAAUAUCCAAUAACGGUACAGUCCUUCCAUUUAUCUUACAGAGGUGCCUCAUUGUUUGUCUUCUUAUCAACGUCGCCUCGACAACUGAAUCCAAUACCUGUUCACCGAUUCCAUUCUGCAACGGAAAAACUCAUAUAAUGACAGAUAAUUUUCUCAUUGGCCCUCACCUGAUGGACUUAGGACUGUUCAAGAAUGAUUUGAUAAAACAUAUCUUCUGUGAUACAUCUGAUCCUUGCCACAGUGACCCGUGUCAAAAUGGAGGAACAUGCAUGGAGGUGGACGGUGAUCUUAUGUGUAGGUGUGAUCUAGCAUUCGAGGGGAUGUUGUGUGAAAUUGAAUUACAUAAGUUUUUCGUCUUACUUGAUUCAUCCUUAUAUAUCGGAUACUUUCCAUCGACUGGAAAGUUCUUUAAUACUACAUUCGUUGCAAUUCAUCUGCUGCCGUCGUACCUCUUUCUUAAAAUGAUAGUGGAUCCAACAACAAACAAGAUAUAUAUAUUAGCUUCUGAUAGGAUAACUUCUGAAAAGAUCUUUUUGCGGACUAAUUACGAUGGAAGUGAGAAGGAUAUUAUCUUCACCGGUACUAGAAAGGAUAUCAUAGAAAUGACACUAGAUGUUCAGCAGCAUCAUAUCUAUUGGAUUGAACACUUCCAAAGACUUCACGUGACACAUUUUAAUGGCACUUAUCUGCGUGAAAUUGAUUUGUCAGGAUUGAUCCCAUUUUCAAUUUAUUUCGACACUGAGACAAGUGAUCUUUUACUUGGAUCUCAAAUCAAUAACAAAGGGAGAAUUACUAAAGAGAACAUGGUUACUGGGAAGAAAAAGACUGUUAUAAGAAGCCUGGCGAAACAACCAAUCAGUCUCCUCUUUAUUUCUGAAGAAUCCCGUGUCUAUUGGACGCAUGCAUCUGUUAACAGGAUAUUCUAUGCAGAUAUUGAUACGGAAUUUAAACCCAUAGAGAAAACGAUUCCCAUGUCCGAUAUGGUGGAUGUUCCAUUUGCACUUUCCACUUACAACUGUAGAUUGUAUUUUCUGGCAGGUGAAUAUCACCUGUAUGCAGCCAAUGAUGAUGGCGACGAUAUCGUACUUCUAGAAGAGGAAUUAGUCGAAAAGAUUUAUGGGGGCAAUUUGCCUCGAUAUUAUACGGGACCGUUUAUAAUGGAUAUGGAAAUUGUCAAUUGAGGACACCAGGGCAACUCAGUCUGUGACACGUUGUGAAAUAGAUUAAUACUACCUAUUUAUGUUUCUAAUCAUUUUAUUAGCUCAAUUCAUGCAAUGACCGUCCGCUAUUUUAAACAAGAAAUAAGGAGCUGAAAAAAAAAGGUUUUUGAGGCAGGACUUCUAUGUAAAAUAUCGUAUAGGUUCUAUUUUCUCGUAGAUUUUUUUUGGGGGGAGGGGUGGGUGGCGACAAAGUCCCCCCUCCAUAAUAGCUACCAAAAUACCUGCUUCUAAUUGAAUAACUAAAAAUAUAAUGUUUAAUGUUAUUGUAUAAAAUGAUAACAUUUAUUGUGGAAAGAAAA